GGCUUUUUGUCCCUCGGCGGACACCGUUUCCUAGCCAGGCAAUGUCUGCGCUCUCGCCAAUAUCUUAGCGUGCGGAGUUCUGCUCUUUCUCCGACGCUUGGCAUGGCGAGCCGAAGGGCCCGGCAGCGCCUCAAGGGCGGCGGCGGCGGGGACACGGGCGCGGCGGCGGAGAAGCUGCGGGAGCUGCUGGGCAGUCGGGAGGCGGGCGGCGCGGAACAGAGGCCGGAGUCUGGAAAUAAAGCUGGGCAAGUCUGGGCUCCUGAAGGAUCCACUGCUUUCAAGUGUCUGCUCUCAGCAAGAUUGUGUGCCGCUCUCCUCAGCAACAUCUCUGACUGUGAUGAAACAUUCAACUACUGGGAACCAACACACUACCUCAUCUAUGGGAAGGGAUUUCAGACAUGGGAGUAUUCCCCAGUGUAUGCCAUUCGCUCGUAUGCUUACCUGUUGCUGCAUGCCUGGCCAGCUGCAUUUCAUGCACGGAUUCUGCAGACUAAUAAGAUUCUUGUCUUCUACUUUUUGAGAUGUCUCCUGGCUUUUGUGAGCUGUAUUUGUGAACUUUACUUUUAUAAGGCCGUGUGCAAGAAAUUUGGGCUGCAUGUGAGUCGAAUGAUGCUGGCCUUCUUGGUGCUCAGCACUGGCAUGUUUUGUUCAUCGUCUGCAUUCCUUCCUAGCAGCUUCUGCAUGUACACUACGUUGAUCGCCAUGACUGGAUGGUAUAUGGACAAGACACCCAUUGCUGUGCUAGGAGUAGCAGCCGGGGCUAUUAUAGGGUGGCCAUUUAGUGCAGCCCUUGGUUUACCCAUUGCCUUUGACUCGCUGGCCCUGAAACACAGGUGGAAGAGUUUCUUUCAUUGGUCGCUGGUGGCUCUACUUCUCUUCCUGGUGCCCGUGGUGGUCAUUGACAGCUACUAUUAUGGGAAGUUGGUGAUUGCUCCUCUCAAUAUUGUUCUGUAUAAUGUGUUCACGUCUCAUGGACCUGAUCUUUAUGGUACAGAACCAUGGUAUUUCUACUUAAUCAAUGGAUUUCUGAAUUUCAACGUUGCUUUUGCAUUGGCUCUUCUGGUCUUACCCCUGACUUUUCUUAUGGAGUACCUGCUGCAGAGGUUCCAUGUUCAGAAUUUAGGACAUCCAUAUUGGCUUACCUUGGCACCAAUGUAUAUUUGGUUUCUAAUUUUCUUCACCCAACCUCACAAAGAGGAGCGAUUUCUUUUCCCGGUGUACCCACUUAUAUGUCUUUGUGGCGCUGUUGCUCUUUCUGCCCUUCAGAAAUGUUACCACUUUAUGUUUCAACGAUAUCGCCUGGAGCAUUACACUGUGACAUCCAGCUGGCUUGCAUUAGGAACAGUCUUCCUGUUUGGGCUCUUGUCAUUCUCUCGCUCUGUGGCUCUGUUCAGAGGAUAUCAUGGGCCCCUUGAUCUGUAUCCAGAAUUUUACCGAAUUGCCACAGACCCGACCAUCCACACUGUCCCAGAAGGCAGGCCUGUGAAUGUUUGUGUGGGAAAAGAAUGGUAUCGCUUUCCCAGUAGUUUCCUUCUGCCAGAUAACUGGCAACUUCAGUUCAUUCCUUCAGAGUUCAGAGGUCAGCUACCAAAGCCUUUUGCAGAGGGACCACUGGCCACUCGGAUUGUUCCUGCUCACAUGAAUGACCAGAACCAAGAGGAGCCUUCCAGAUAUAUUGACAUCAGCAAAUGUCAUUACUUAGUGGACUUGGAUACCAUGAGAGAAACACCCUGGGAGCCAAACUAUUCAUCCAACAAAGAAGAGUGGAUCAGCCUGGCCCAUAGACCAUUCCUGGAUGCAUCUAGGUCUUCAAAGCUAUUUCGGGCAUUCUAUGUCCCCUUCCUGUCGGAUCAGUACACGGUGUAUGUGAACUACACCAUCCUUAAGCCUCGGAAAGCAAAGCAAAGCAGGAAGAAAAGUGGAGAGUGGAGGAGAGCAGAGGCCGCUCCCAGAAGAGCUGAGAGCCCUUGACUGGGUGUGUGUGCUAGCUGUUCUGCACACUCUGGCCUGGUGUCUGGGAACUAGCAAGCCUUCUUUAGAAUACCUGGUUUCUCCACCAAAGCUGUUUGGCAGCUCCUAGCAGACCUUGUUCAAAUCCGAGUGCUGACAAGCGCAGCCUCGUUGCCAAGA